CUGGGAGGUCUCGGAGGGCGGAACGCAAGGGCGGGAGCUGCGGGCCGCGGGGGGCCCGAGCGGAGCACGCACCGAGGCGCGGUGCCGGGGGGGGACGCUUUGAGCGAGGGACCGAGCUGCGGGCCGAGGCGCCAGGAUGAGCGCGGCCCUGCCGAAGGUGCUGUGCUUGAGGAAGGAAGUGUUGCUGAAGCAGGUGCUAGCACUCAGCAGGGCAGCAACAGCUGGAGAAAGCACUUUGUGUGCUGCAGGUGGUGCACUCCUGAGCUGCCACAGGCACUACAGAUCCAAUCCCACUCAUGGCAUUGGGAGGUAUAAAUAUCUGCUGCCAAAGGAGGCUCCAAAGAAGAAGAAAGUCCAGAUGAAAGAGAUCAGCCCUGGGACAGAGCAUGAGUAUGGAGAUCUCAACAUCCAGGUGACCUCCUAUGACCUGUGCCUGGCGGAGCACUUUGCUCAGUACAUCCACAGGCUCUGCAACCGCCUCUCCCUCAGGGUCACUGAAAGCUAUGCCAUGCCCACCAAAACCAACGAGGUGCUGUUCUUGGAAGAGAGAGGCUCCAAAAUGCAGCUGGAUUCUGUCCUCACUACCCAUCAGAGGGUUGUCCAGGUCACUGGUUUGAGCUCCACCUUUGCUCCCAUAUUCUUGGAGGUUAUUCAGAGCAGCCAGCCUGAGGGGGUUCACCUCUUGGUGAAAGAGCACACAGAGGCUGACUUCAAGAGCCGCCUCAAGUCUAGACCAGAACUUGAAGAGCUGCUUGCCCAGAUGAACUGAGAUGAUGAAGGCUCCAUCCCUGGCAGAGGCUUCUCCUCCU